AUGCCUCCUCCCUCGCGGCGACGCGGGGGUGGGAGCGGAGGGGACGCGCCUUCCUCCCCGCGCGCUGACGGCGGCGCGGCGGGAAAGCGCGCACAGGCGCACAGGGCGGCGCACCACCCGCACCGAGGAAAGGCUGCGCCGACAAACCUGGCGUGGAAUGCGGCGGUUCUUGCGCUGUUACUAGCUGCGGGAUGCGCGGCGGCGGUGAUCGUCGUGCUGACGUGGGGCGACGCGCUCUUCGGAGCCUCCGAGAAGCAGCGCCACCUCACGCCGCUCAACGCCCCGCGCGUGGCGGAUCUCCCCAUGGUGAGGUGCUUCGCAUGUUCAGUUCAGUUCUCGGGAGAGGGGGCGCCACUAAAGAGGCACAGUGUGCGUGCGUGGCAGCACUGCAGUGCAGGCGGCAGUAGAGGUGGUGCUGCCCCGUGCUUGCCAGCGGUGCAUGCUGUGCCGCCACUGCAUGCUGCUCCACGCACUCCUCCCCAUGCUGCCACCAUGUCCUAUCCUGAUGUUUUCCCUUGCGUGUCGUGUCAUUGCCCCUGUCCUUACGUUACCCCCCAGCCUGCCUCAGUCGGUGGUGGCGGGAGUGAUGUGGUGGGCGCCGAGGCAGGACGACUUUGGUGCAUGGGGUGGGGAAAGGGUGCAUGGGGUGGGGAAAGGGUGCAUGGGGUGGGGAAAGGGUGCAUGGGGUGGGGAAAGGGUGCAUGGGGUGGGGAAAGGGUGCAUGGGGUGGGGAAAGGGUGCAUGGGGUGGGGAAAGGGUGCAUGGGGUGGGGAAAGGGUGCAUGGGGUGGGGAAAGGGUGCAUGGGGUGGGGAAAGGGUGCAUGGGGUGGGGAAAGGGUGCAUGGGGUGGGGAAAGGGUGCAUGGGGUGGGGAAAGGGUGCAUGGGGUGGGGAAAGGGUGCAUGGGGUGGGGAAAGGGUGCAUGGGGUGGGGAAAGGGUGCAUGGGGUGGGGAAAGGGUGCAUGGGGUGGGGAAAGGGUGCAUGGGGUGGGGAAAGGGUGCAUGGGGUGGGGAAAGGGUGCAUGGGGUGGGGAAAGGGUGCAUGGGGUGGGGAAAGGGUGCAUGGGGUGGGGAAAGGGUGCAUGGGGUGGGGAAAGGGUGCAUGGGGUGGGGAAAGGGUGCAUGGGGUGGGGAAAGGGUGCAUGGGGUGGGGAAAGGGUGCAUGGGGUGGGGAAAGGGUGCAUGGGGUGGGGAAAGGGUGCAUGGGGUGGGGAAAGGGUGCAUGGGGUGGGGAAAGGGUGCAUGGGGUGGGGAAAGGGUGCAUGGGGUGGGGAAAGGGUGCAUGGGGUGGGGAAAGGGUGCAUGGGGUGGGGAAAGGGUGCAUGGGGUGGGGAAAGGGUGCAUGGGGUGGGGAAAGGGUGCAUGGGGUGGGGAAAGGGUGCAUGGGGUGGGGAAAGGGUGCAUGGGGUGGGGAAAGGGUGCAUGGGGUGGGGAAAGGGUGCAUGGGGUGGGGAAAGGGUGCAUGGGGUGGGGAAAGGGUGCAUGGGGUGGGGAAAGGGUGCAUGGGGUGGGGAAAGGGUGCAUGGGGUGGGGAAAGGGUGCAUGGGGUGGGGAAAGGGUGCAUGGGGUGGGGAAAGGGUGCAUGGGGUGGGGAAAGGGUGCAUGGGGUGGGGAAAGGGUGCAUGGAGAAAUUCACGAGGUGAAGGACGGUCCGUUCGAUCUGAGCAUGGCGUUCCUCAAGUCGCUCAACGGCAGCACGGGGUACGGUGGUGACUGGGCCGUGCGCGUGGCCGUUGACCUCAACCGUGAGAGGGUGGGCGGCGCAGUCAACGCCCAGUCAAUGCCAUUCACCUUCUUCUUCUACGUGGCGGAUGAGGCGGCCGCCCCGCUGCUGGCGCUGCCCGCGCCCGCCGAAGUGGCCCGCCUCGUGCGGCACCCCGCCGCUGCUGCUGGGGGGAGAGGCGGGGACGAGGAGGCCCGUGGAAUUGGGGAGCGAGGGGGGGCGGAGGGUGACGAGGAGUGGGUGCGAGGGGGUUUUGAGGACGAGGAGGAAGAUGAGGAGGAGGAGGACGAGGAGGGGGUGGGGGUGGGGAGGAGAAGGUUGAGGAGUGUGGAGGGCAGUGGCGUGGGAAGGGGUGGGGCGGGGCGAGGGGUUGAGAGGGGGGGAAGGAAGGGGAGGAGGCUGAUGGGCGAGGAGGGUGGGGAGGAGCAGGCGGAGGGGCGAGGGGGGCAACGGGCAGCGGUGGUGGCGGGGGGGGUGUCGGAUGUGUUUGGGCGCUGGGAGCUGCAUGCCGUCACACAGGUAUGGCAGCUGUGCGUGCUGGCAGGUAUGCCACCUGUGCGUGCUGGCAGGUACGGCAGCUGUGCGCCCUGGGCAGUGUGUGUGUUGCACUCACGCUUCCCACCGCUGCUUCUCAAUCUAAACCUCUUCCCUGGCCCCCCCACGCCCUUCUCCCUUGUCUUCAAGCAGCAGGCGGAGGGGCCAGGGGCGACCUUUGAGGCGGUGCACACGCGGCACAUGCACAACCUGUCAGACGCUGUGAAGGCCGCCCUCAUCCGCCACGUACGUGCUUUGAUGCCCGGGCUACCAUCAUCUGCGGGCUACCAUCAUCUGCGGGCUACCAUCAUCUGCGUGCUACCAUCAUCUGCGUGCUACCAUCAUCUGCGUGCUGCCCUGCUCCCUGCAUGCACCAGCACCUCUGCAUGCUCGCAUUGCAUCUCCUCACACCCCAUCGUCCACCCUUGCAUACUUCCCCACCCCACCCCCCUCCGGCAGUACCAAGCCACGCAGCAGCCGACACUGGGCAACAAGGCACAGCCGGGCGCCAACGUGGCAAUCAUCCAGCUGACAGUGUGGCUGCCAGCGGUGGUGGACUUUGUGUUCCUCUCCGGCCUCCCCGCUGCCUCCUCCCACCACUCGCCCUCGCAACAAGCUGCCACACGCCUCAACCUCCUCUCAG